UUGUGGCCUACACAGUCGGAUCCAGACGUAUGGUGACCCUGAAGAGACACAUCGUCAUCAGAGAUUAGCAAGGCAGGAUGGCAGGACGAGUAACCUUCAGAGUCCUCUUUGGAGGUGAAGACGAUGCAAGAAAACUCACCAUUGAAUCCGGAAUACCAAGAACUGUAGAGGACUUGGCUCUUGAAAUCCAGACUUUCUUUCAAGUGACUAAGCAGUUCAGACUUCAGUACAAAGACAAAGACAUGGAUGAUCAGUUCAUGAAUCUCUUGUCAAUAUCAGAACUUGAAGAUAAAGGGACUUCGAAAGUGGUGUACAUAAUUAAUGAGACAACCAGGUCAGCACAACUAAUGGAAGAUGCCUUCUGCACAAUCCCAGGUACUCCUUCCAAUGCCAGCUCUUCAUCACAAGAACCGAGUGAUUCAGACUCCUUCUCCAGCCAUGAUACCAUCAUCUUGUCAUCGCCCGAGACCCGGUCCUGCUCCUGGCCUAAACCAUUUGUCGUGCCACGCUUCUCAUUCUGGGCCGAGAUUAUGCUCCAGACAGGAAAUGAUGAGUUCAAGGCACACAGAACUUUCUUGUCUCCUACGCCAAAAGUACGCUCAGAUAUUCUUGAAGGCCCUGCUGAGGAAAUAAUAAAGUACACAGCUUACCCAUGUGACCAGCAGUUAGAAGAAGUGGCAAAGGCUCUGACACAGUCACUUCCAUGUUUACUGGAAAAAGCAACACGAACUGGAUACUGUGGCUGGAAGCAUUACCUGAAGAUAAAAAUGAUGAACUUCCGCACCAAGCUGAGCCGAGCUGGACACCCCGAGGUUACCACCAACUCUCUAAAAAACAAGCGAAGUGGCCAGCAGACUCCAGCGGCCAACAUCAAGAAGCCCAGGAAGGGAGAUGUCAAUUUCUGUUCAAACAUCCCUAGUGGUGAAACAAGAGACGGGUUGGAGGUGGAAAGGGUGGCUCUACUGACAGAGGUAAAAAAGAAGAAAAAGGACGAGGCCGUGAUCAAGGAGAAGAUGCAGCGUACCUUCUCGCUUAGGAGGCAGGAGAUUCUCCAGGAGCCGAAGAUUCCGGAGUUCCUGAACAAAUGGCCAGCACUCUUUGACGUCAGUGAGAUCAACUUGGAGUUUAUGCGGCUGACGACUAUACCUCUGACCUCCAAAUUCCUUGGAGAACUGGACCGCCUGACCGACGACCUGAUCAGAGUUUUCCAUACCAAAGGUGGAGCUGCAGGAAGAAAGAUCAGAGCUGUGAUGGCAAAAACGGAUGAUAUAAGUAUUUUUUGGUCUAACCUAAUACACAUAUGGUUUGUUUGACUCAGCCAUAUGGGAAACUCCUUUGUUAACGGUUUGGAAAAGGAUAGGCACUUUCAAAAUUACUGUGUAGUGAGCGGGCUCAGACCUGUGUGAGUUCGACUGAGUGGGGUGAAAUCAGGCGAGUUCAGGAUGGUCAAGGUGGGAAAUGUCAGUGGCUUGGCUGGCCUCAAUAUGCGUCUCGGACACAUUUAACAUUUGUUUCAGAGUGAAGACAUCAACGUGAGGCGUGAUUGUGUGCUGAGCUGUCUGAGCAUCUAUCUCAAUGAAGACCUAGAGACACUGGUCAAAGAAUAUGUGGAAGUAAAUCCACAUGGUCCGGAAGAGCUUGAGGUUAAGGGUCAGGUCCUGGCACCUAAGCGUCUCCAAUAUGCCAGUGACGAUAAUUCUGCCCCAAACAAGAAGGAUGCAUGUUGUGGACUGUCUGCUUACGAACUCAAACGCCUUGAGAACAUCAGAGAGAGGGAAGCUUUCUUGUCUUCCUUGAAGUUAUUGCCAGCAGCUGAGGAUCUGAGGCAGUCAGUAAAGCCAAAGCCGGAUGUCAAGAGGUCAAAGGCUUCAUCGGAUAAAGUGCAGUCUCUUUUGUCUCCCCAGAAAUCCUUACAUCCUAAAGAAGCUCGGAAACUUACCCUCAGAGGAGGACUAACCUAUGAACAUGCUAUUAGGGAGUCAAAGAUCUUGAGGUCGUUGUGACCUUGAACUUGUGUCCAUCUCAUUCUCAUGAAUGCUAUAUCUACAGUGCCUUAAGGGAAUUUCUUCAAAUUAACACGCACUUGGCCUCAAUAAUAAGCUGCUUAGAAUGUGGUGGUCAAACGUCAAGGUUAGGGUGACACAGCUCAUUGUUCUCUGUUCCCUCCAUCUUCCCGACCAUGGCAAUCUACACCGUUCAAGCUGAGAGUGAUGAUCCUGAUGGUCCUGGUGGACGCUUUGCAGAUGUCGGUUUGGUCCUGGAAGGGGUCGAAGUUCUCCACAACCUCCAGAGUAUCAACCAUGCAUGCGUGAUGCUUUAUGGGUUGAUCUACGCACUUAAUUAAGCUAUCCAAAAAGCUUGAAGAAUACUUUUGAAGUUUACCAGAAGAUCCUGAUGGACCUGGAAUCGUCCAAGCUUUCCCCCAAAGUACAAGCACUCAAACUCAAAUUGCUUUUGUGAUUCACACAUAACGAACACACAGAAAGUUAGAAACGGCAGGUGCUCAGUUAACUAUGUUCCUGUCAGGUGAUGAGUUAAAACUUUGUUUAGCCUUCCUAACUUGCCUCUGUUCUAUCAAAGUUGGAAAACAUUUGACAUGUUCCAUCUGCAGCAGUAGUUGACUAAGUUGAAGAGCUACACUACCUGCAGAGUACUGUGUCUGUGCCAUGUGUGAAAAGAAGAGGUGUGCUUUAAUGUUAAUAAAUUUGUUGAA